GUUUUUUUUGGAUAUUUUCGGGUUCUCCGGGCAGCUUUCGCUUAGCUAAAUUUUGUUGUCUGUGUUAUCGCCGUUGGAAGCUGGAAAUGUUUCAGGCGGCUUUGGUGUUGGGCACUGCGAGCACCGGCGGCAGCUUUGCCACAUGUAAGGCGCGUGGGAGGAAGCCCAAGCACAAGGCUCCUCCUCCGACCAAGGGAAACGAUGCUCAGCUCAGGGUCAGCUUAGGCUUUGGUGCAGACCGAAGGGAGCCAUUGUGGCAAUGCGCACAGGGAUGCGGCGCUUGCUGUAAGCUUCAAAAAGGACCCUCCUUCGCCUCCCCUGAAGAAAUCUUCCAUGACCCUUCUGAUAUUCAGCUUUAUAACAGCUUGAUUGGUCCGGAUGGAUGGUGUAUACACUUCGAGAAAACCACUCGCACUUGCUCCAUUUACUCUGAACGUCCAUAUUUCUGUCGUGUAGAACCACAAAUAUUCCAAGAUUUGUAUGGGAUUGAUAAGAAGAGAUUCAACAAGGAGGCUUGCAGCUGCUGUAGGGAUACCAUUAAAGAAAUUUAUGGUGCUCAUUCAGAAGAGCUGGAUAAUUUCAGUCGUACUAUAAGGAACCAAGACUGUUCUUAGAUUGUUUCAAGUGAAGCCAAUGUUAUGUCCUGCACAUCAACAAGGAAACACUUGAAACAUCUUGAAGAUGAUUUCAUGGAUUAUUAUUACUAUCAUGAAGAAUGGUGAGAUGAAAAAAAGAAAAGAAAAAAAUAAAAAAAUAAAUGACUGUAAAAAGAGGUGUAUUUGAAACAAUUGGCUUAGCCCAACAAGUAAAUGCUCGUGUGAUCAUUCUUACAA